AUUGAGCAGGCGGCGAGAUCGCGCGCUCCUGUCUUUUCGCCAGACUGUCUCAUGAGGAACCGGCUUACAGUAAUGAGGGACCCGGAGCCCUGCGACGUGCUUGUCGCUGACCGUCCGACUGCAUCGAUGUGGAUUAUAUCAUGAGAAAACAUUAGUUAUUUCUCAUCUCUGUGUGAGUCGCACAGCAGGGAGGCGUUGUUCGCUGUGAUAAGUUAACGACGAGGACGGGGAGUCGUUGAAGAGAAUGGAUGAAUUUUCGAUGACAGGCCACUUCGGUCAGCCCAACCCAGUCCAAGCAGGGUGGGUUUAUUCGGUGUAAAAAAAAAAAGAAAAAGAAAAAAGCAGUGGCUCGUCCUUCGUCUGCCGGGGAGACGAACUAUGUCUGCAUUCUGCCUCGACCUGAACUCGUCUGGCGCGGGUUCAGCACCACUAGAGCUGGACAGCGACUCCGCGGAGCCGGCAGCUCGUGAGCCCGGAGGCUGCCUGCGCCACGCCGGUGUCGGCUCCGGAGGCCUCGGCGUGGCGUUGGAAGAGGAACUGGCCAUGCUCAGCGAGGAGCAGGAUGAAGCGGGAGAGCUCUCGGUGGAAGCGAACGCCGACUUGCUGUCUCUCUUCCGACAAAAGGAAAAGGAUUUGGUUUUAGCUGCCAAACUCGGCAAAGCUUUACUGGAGAGAAACCAAGAUUUGACGAAGCAAUAUGAGAAAAUGCACAAAGACCUCAACGACAAAUUAGAGCACUUGGAGCAAGAGAAGCAUGAAUUGCGUUGGCGUCUGGAAAAUCGAGAGGGGGAGUGGGAGGGCCGCGUGGCCGAGCUGGAGACUGAUGUCCAGCAGCUGCAGGGAGAACUGGAGCAACACCAGGUCCAGCUAAGAGAGGCUGACAGGGACAAAACCAAGGCCAUCAGUGAGCUAUCCGAACAAAACCAUCGAUUGCUGGAACAACUUCGAAGGGCUGCAGAGGUGGAGAGGCAGCUAUCCACUCAGGUCCAUUCGUUACGGGACGACUUCAGGGAGAAGAGUACGUCUACAAGCCAGCACAUGACAAGAUUAGAGACGCUACAAGCUGAAAUUAAGAUGCUGUCGGAGAGGAAGAUGGAGCUUGAACGGCGGGUGCAUGUCAUGCUGGAGGAGAAUGAAGUGCUCAAGAAUACAGUCGAAGACCUCAGAGAUAGGACGCUGGUAUUGGAGAAGCAGUGUCACGAAAAGGACCUUCAGUUGCGUCAGAAUCAAGUGGAGCUUCAGGAAGUCCAGUUGUCCCACAGGCAGCUAACGGCACGCCUAGAGGAGCUAACGGAGGAAACCAGCCUGCAUUGCCUCACCCCUCAUCAAUCCAGCCUGAUGUGUGAGAUCGAGCAAAGCAUGGAGCAAGAGGAGCAGGAGCAGGAGAGAGAGCAAUUGCGUCUUCAACUGUGGGAAGCCUACUGUGAGGUGCGCUCACUGUGCUCUCAUCUGCGAGGGAAUGACGUCACGGAUUCCGCGCUAUCCACAGACUCUUCCAUGGACGAGUCCUCAGAGACGUCUUCUGCCAAGGAUGUGCCAACUGGGAGCCUACAUGCUAGCAUGUUAGAACUACGCAGGCUAACACAGAACCUGCUCGAUGGCAACGAGUCAACGGGUUCUCGUCGCAGUGACGAAGAAGCUCUGGAGGAACAAGUGAAGAAGCUGGGAGAAGAGCUGAGAGAAAUCAGGGAAUUGUAUGAAGCAGAGCAGGACAAGACACACAACAGUAAAGAAGAGUUGCUACAGCUACACAAUCAGAUGGCGCUACUCUCAGUAGAAAUGUGUUCCCUCCAAGAGGAGUCAGAAAGGAUGAGGAACAUGGCGGCUGUCCGAGAGCCUAGCGAACAGCUUCAGAGUGCCAUUAAAGACAGAGACGACGCCAUAGCCAAGAAGAAGGCAGUGGAGAUGGAGCUGGCCAAGUGUAAAAUAGACAUCAUGUCUCUAAAUAGUCAGCUACUGGAUGCCAUCCAGCAGAAGCUCAACCUGUCACAGCAGCUGGAGGCUUGGCAGAACUUGUCCAACACAAAAAGCCUACUGUCCGCCACAGUUGACGGUGUUCUCAACAAAACAUCAAAAGUGAAAGUAAACUCUCAACCGCACCGCUCCCUCUCCGUCACGUCAGCCACGUGGUACGUUCAGGAUGACAUGCAUCGAGUGAUUGACCAGCAGUUAAUGGACAAGCACCAGGACGAGUGGCGGUCCAGCUCCUCCUCCACUUCCAGGUUGUCGAGAGCUCCCGGCCCUCAGUCGUCCAGACGAGCUCUCCGCCUCUCGGACCGGGACCGAAAACUAUUCUCAUUUUUUAAAAAGAACUGAGUACACCAGACACAAGCGACGCCACAUCGAGUGGAAAAGGAGGGAGUGACAUCACAGCACAGGUGGAAACAACGUAGCCAAAGACGGGCAAUGGCACACACAUAUACCGACAUAAAAGACAUUGGAGCCUUUAUUCCGUGUCCUUGAUACCGUAUGGAAAGACAGUGUCUUACUUAAUAGUGAAAAAGUUUAACUAGUAAAAGGGGACAAACAGUGUACUAGUACCUGGACCUUAAGCCGGAUAUCAAGUAUAUGGAAUAAAUGCUCAAAUAGUUUUACUUACACUGAGGUUUGGGGGGUUUGAACUUUGCACUUUAUCUUUCCUGAUGCUCCUCGUCUAAUUCGGUCCCAAUGCGACAUAGAUCCUCUCCUAAAACCCAAUUGCAGGACAUAAUCAGGGUCUACACGUUUACUUCUACUGAGGAAGGUUUCCUUGUUGUGCCUAAGACCCUUUCACUUCUGCCCACUGCCAAGCCACCAAUGUUCACUGUUGGCAUCCCUUGUGCCAGGCUAAGGACACCUAACUGUACAAGUAUAGCAUGAUUGGAACAUGAUGGUCGCGGGACAGAACACAAUGCUUACAUAAUUUUUACAUUAGAUAAUCUCAUGGCACACCACCAAACAAAAAAAUGCAGUGAACCCCUGCCUAUUUGCACAAAUACCAAUAUUAAGGGAUUUUCAGGGUGGAGCCUAUUUUUUGCCGUUGACU